AUGUCUCAGUCCGCUCCGGAUGCCGCUGCGGGUGCCGCUCCGGGAACCGCUCCGGGUAUCGCUCCGGAUGCUGCUUCAGGUACCGCUCCGGUUGUCACUCAGGGUACCGCUCCGGGUAUCGCUCCGGAUGCUGCCUCAGGUACCGCUCCGGUUGUCACUCAGGGUACCGCUUCGGGAACCGCUCCGGGUAUCGCUCCGGAUGCUGCUUCAGGUACCGCUCCGGUUGUCACUCAGGGUACCGCUCUGGGUACCGCUCCGGGUACCGCUCCGGCCAUCGCUCCGGGUACCGCUCCGGCCACCGCUCCGGGUACCGCUCCGGCCACCGCUCCGGGUACCCAUCUGGGUGUUGUUUUGGGUGCCGCUCCGGUUACCACUCCGGUUGCCACUCCGGGUGUUCCUGAACCAAUCCCAGCUCCGUAUCCCGAUGGUGCACCACCGAAAUACACGGAAGCCUUUGCCGACCCCGCAUACCCACCACAACCUUUACUAGGCCAGUUACAGACCGGACCUCCCCAAGGCCAGCCCAUGCCAGGCCAAGUUCCUGUCGGUGGACCUUAUCAGCCCAUGCCAGGCCCAGUGCCCGUCGAUGGCCCCCAGCCGAUGACGACAGUGAAUUACACAACAGGUACACAACAAAUGACAUACGUCAGAAGUACGCGUAAGUAA